CGCGCAUGCGCAUUGCGCACCCUGAAAGACGUCCUGUUCUUGUGCUAACGGCUGCUAAGUCAGAUUUGUUCUGACGUCCUGUUCGGCGUGCGGGUAAAUAAAGGAGGCGAAUGGCACUGAGACCAAAGAGAAGCUUCUGCUGAUCUUACUUGGUUGAUUGCACUUCAGGAGAACCAACCAAACGCAGACAUGAAAAUAGCAGUGGAAGGCUGCUGCCAUGGCGAGUUGGAUAAGAUCUACGAGACCAUUGGCUACCUGGAGCGCAAGGAAGGCGUUAAGGUGGACGUGCUGCUGUGCUGCGGGGAUUUCCAGGCUGUGAGGAAUGAAGGAGACCUGAAGUGCAUGGCAGUGCCACCCAAGUACAGGCACAUGCAGACCUUUUACAAGUACUAUUCAGGGGAGAAGAAAGCACCCGUCCUGACCAUCUUCAUCGGUGGCAACCAUGAGGCUUCUAACCAUCUGCAGGAGCUUCCCUAUGGAGGCUGGGUGGCCCCAAAUAUAUACUAUUUGGGUUAUGCCGGCGUCGUUCGCUACAGAGGCAUACGGAUCGGUGGCCUUUCUGGAAUUUUUAAAACGCACGAUUACAGAAAAGGGCACUACGAGUUUCCACCAUACAGCCAGGAAACCCUGCGCAGCGUCUACCACGUCAGAAACAGCGACGUCUUCAAGCUGAAACAGAUCCGCAUGCCUAUGGAUGUGUUCAUGACGCACGACUGGCCGCGGGGCAUCUACUACUAUGGGAGCACGGAGCAGCUGUUGAGGAAGAAGAAGUUCCUGCGUGAUGAGGUGGAGUCGGGCACGCUGGGCAGUCCUGCUGCCGCUGAGCUCCUCGAUCACGUUCAGCCCAGCUACUGGUUCUCUGCACAUCUACACGUCAAAUUCGCCGCCAUGAAGCAGCACGAGGCCAGGGGUAAUGCUGCUCCUAAGACCACCAAGUUCCUCUCUCUGGACAAGUGUCUUCCUCAUAGAGACUUCCUUCAGGUGGUGGAGAUAGCAGACAGACCUGGCUCCUCCGAACAGCUGGAGUAUGACCCAGAGUGGUUAGCCAUCUUGAAGGCCACCACUCACCUUCAGAAACCUUCACCAAACAUCUGGCACCCGCCUGAGAAUAACGGCCUUCACACUUGUUGGGACUACAGUGCAUCAGAAGAAGCUAUGAUGGAGAUAGUGAGCGCUUUAAACGGUGAGCUCAGCAUCCCUGAGAACUUCAGUCCAACCGUGCCCGCUUAUGAUCCCUCUCGCCCUCAGCCCCACGCCCCGCCGGCCUACUGCACCAACCCCCAGACCACAGAGUUGUGUGCCACCCUUGGCCUUGUCGACAUCUAUGCUCUGGCAGGCCAGAGCACACAGAACCCUUGGAGAGAGGAAGUAGCAAAUGAAGAGGACGACGAGGACAACCAGAGCUCUGGCAGCGUGGACGAACCCAGCGAGUACCCCACUGACACUUCGAUGCUCUCCAACUCCUACAACCCUGAUGAGAUCACCAUUGAGGAUGAGUGGGAGGAGGAGGAGGAGGAAGAGAAGAAUGGAGGCGAGGUAAAGAAGCCUGGGAUGGAUGCAGUGGUUCCUGAGGCUCCUGUAGGAGCACAGGACAGCGAUAGGGACAGUAGCCCCCAGCAAGAGGCCCUGAGCAGGCUCAUCUUACCACCACCUCGCACGGCAUCAGAGAUAGAUGAGCCCUCAGAUUCACCUCUUCGACUUCCUCCACCUUCAGCGCUGUUCUCAAGCUGUUUCUCCCAGACAAGCUCAGAGGAAGAGGGGGCCACACCAGCCAGAGUGCCCAAGCGCCCGAGUGGAGAAACCAAGGGAUCAUUCAACCCCACAGACGGCACCCCCAGGAUCAAACGGCGCAACCAGACCAUCUAUGCAGCAGCUGACGACGACGAGGAGAGUUAGAGAAAGGGUGAAAAAUUAUAGACUGAUGCAAUUUUUGUUUACCUAAGAGAGCUUUUUAAAUUUUUUUUUUUAAUGACAAGUUUGUUCAUUUAAGAAGAGCUCUUUAAACAUUAACGGACUAUUGAUUAAAAAUGGGUUUUAGAGAACAAAGCUACCAUUAUUAUGGGGUAUUUUGUUUCUUACCUGCUGUCAUUGUCAUAUGUAUGAUAUUAACAGUGUAACUGAU